AUGCUGCGCCACUCGCUCUCUACGCUUGGGCGAAGAUCCCUCCUCCCACCCGUCUCUACUACUGGCCUGCUGAGGAGAUAUCACUUUGACACGCAUCAUUUCGUCAGGAGGUUGGAGGAGGAGGGGUUGAGUCGGGCGCAGGCGGAGGGGAUUAUGACUGCUAUUGCGGAGGUUAUUGAUGAGAGCAUACGGAAUAUGACGGGUAAUAUGGUCACAAAAGCUGACCAGGAGAAGCAUCACUAUACGCAACAAGUCGACUUUGCGCAACUCAAGAGCGAGCUGCAGUUGAUGGAGAAGAACGACCUGUCAAUGAUCAAGGCAGAGAACGAACGCCUUGUUGCCGACAUUGACAAAUUGAAGGCCCGACUACGGGAGGAAGUGGCACGGACACAGGCAGGCGUCCGGCUAGACUUGAACCUCGAGAAGGGCCGUAUCCGGGAAGAGGCCAGCCGGCAAGAGCUCAAGAUGAAGGAAGUGGAUACCCGCAUUGAGCAAGAGAUUGCCGGUCUACGUGCAGCGAUCCAGUCAAGCAAGGCUACGACCUUGCAAUAUAUCGUCGGAUUCGUCACCGGUUGCUCUGCGCUGCUCAUGGCCUACUUGCGUUUCCGCGUAUAA